AUGAUUCGACUGAAAAAAUCACGAAUAUUGCUCUUUCUUCUUGCCGUAUGUAUUGCCUUUUGGUUCUUGUUGUACUGGAUUUUCUCUGACAUAUAUUCUCGCCAAAGACACUUCCGAUUUCGAUCAAAACCAGCAGUGGAGGAUAUCCUUCCGGCAUUUACGCUAAUUUUGGAGAAACUUGCCAAGAUUCAAACAGCAGAUGAUCAAAGGAACUAUAAUGCAGGUUAUCAGAAUCACGCAUUUAACCAGAUGCUCAGUGACAAGUUAAGUUUUACAAGACCCUUACCAGAUGCCAGGUUUGAGAGGUGUAGGGAGAAGACCUACCCAACAGAUUUGCCGAGCACAAGCCUGAUCAUUUGUUUUUAUAACGAAGCCCUGUCUGCUCUGCUGCGCACUGUCCACACAGUGUUGGCUCGUUCUCCUGCCCACUUAAUCCAUGAGAUCAUUCUUGUGGAUGAUUUCAGCGACUUUGAUUACCUGAAAACAGAUUUGGAAGGAUAUAUUGAGAGAAACCUCCCCAAAGUCCGACUGUUUCACACAACAGAGCGCCUUGGACUUAUUCGAGCACGCAUGUUUGGUGCAGAGCAAGCUUCAAGUCAGACUCUGCUGUUUUUAGACAGCCAUUGUGAGGUCAAUACCGGUUGGCUGGAGCCGCUGUUGCACGCGAUCCAAGUUGACCAGCAUACAGUAGCUGUUCCAUUGAUAGACAUCGUAGAUGCUGACACAUUUUUCUACGAGCAGUCUAGUUUGGUGAAAGGAGGUUUUAACUGGGGCAUGCACUACCAGUGGGAGCCUUUAUCUUCAGAUGUAGCAAAUGUUGUAUAUGAAAAGGCGGAACCGUAUGAAUCUCCAACUAUGGCAGGUGGUUUGUUUGCUAUCAACAGAGAGUACUUUCAUCAGUUAGGGGAAUAUGAUGGUGGUAUGGAUGUGUGGGGUGGAGAAAACUUAGAGCUCUCUUUUAGAAUAUGGCUGUGUGGUGGACGUCUGGUAAUUGUACCUUGCUCAAGAGUUGGCCACAUCUUUCGUAAGCGAAGGCCUUAUGGUGCCGGUGUGACAGACAGUUUUACCAAAAAUACACUUCGGAUGGUUCAUGUUUGGCUGGAUGAAUACAAAAAAUACUACUUCCAUAUAAAUCCCAGAGCAGAGGAUAUGGAGUUUGGGAACAUCACUGGUAGAAUAAAGCUUCGCAAAGACCUCAAUUGUAAAUCCUUUCAGUGGUAUUUAGAAAAUGUCUACCCAGAGCAGUUAAAAAAAUUGCCAGAUUUAAAUAGAACUUUAUACCCAAAUCAAGAAAACAAACAAAUGGCAAAUGAACUGAAUGUACCAGUGGUAGCUAGAGGUUUGCUCAAACAUAUGGGAUCUGGUCUGUGUGUCCAGUCAGAGAAAAGUGUGGUGGAUAAAAGGGCAUUGCUUAAGUUGGCAGUCUGUAAAGAAGGUAAUAAAGAUCAGUUAUGGUAUGAAACAGAACAAAAAGACCUGCGACUUGCCAAUUUGCUCUGUUUGGAUGUGAAUAAAGAUGAAGGUCCGUAUGCCAGACUUAUGAAAUGCAAGGGGUUAAAAGUUCAGACCUGGAUUUGGUCCAAACAGGGUGUCAACACACAGCUCAUAAACCACGGCAGCUCUAAGUGUUUAGUGGCAACAGGUGUUGAUCCAGGAUCUAUUCUAAAGACAACAAAGUGCAGCCAAAGUCCUUUAAUGUACUUCAGUCUUGUCUAA